AUGGAUAUUAUGGUGGAAGGCCCCAGGUCCUCCCAAGUGGCUGGCAUGUUACUUGAAAGGGAAAUACCGUAUGCCGUAGCUAUAGGAGACUUAGGUGUCAUGCUUGAGAAGGAGCAAGGAAAUGCAUUUAAGAAAUCGAUAUCUAACAAUGGAACAGGUGUAUGGGUGGACGCGUCCAUCCAUCCCCGAGAAUGGAUCAGCACAGCAGUCGUCACGUACUUGGCCAAUCAGCUCGUCAGGACCUACCAUGAGCAGCCUGAUAGCGUCACUAACAAGGAUUGGUACAUACUUCCAGUGUUGAACCCAGACGGCUACGAGUACACGCACACACAUGACCGCAUGUGGCGGAAAAAUAGAGCGCGCUAUGGCGAGUGCGUCGGGGUCGACCUCAAUAGGAAUUUUAGCUACGGCUGGGGUGAAAAAGGCGAGGAAGGCUCAUCAGAGGACCCGGGAAACAUAUUUUUCAGAGGUUCUAAACCUUUUUCUGAACCAGAGACAGAAGCUGUAAAACGUGCCAUACUGGAAUCAGAGACAAAUUUCAAAGUGUUUCUAUCGUUUCAUAGUUACGGUGAAGUUAUAAUAUUCCCUUGGGGGUAUACAGCUGACCCAUGUCCAGAUUAUGUCGAACUAUUGGAGGGAGGGACUGCUAUGGCAAAGGCCAUACACGAUACUAGUGGACAUACUUACAAAGUAGGCAGUACAAAAGACCUUAUGUACUACGCAGCAGGAAACAGUACAGACUGGAGUUACGGCGUCGCCAGCAUACCCUACUCGUACAUGAUAGAGCUUAGAGGAAAAACCCAUAGAUUUCUACUGCCUAAAGAAGAAAUAAUAUCGACAGCAAAAGAAGUUACGAGUGGAGUAUUACGGCUUAUGGAUUUCGUUGAUAGAAGAUGCCGGAGUACGCAGUCGUGUGUCUGCCCUAAAUUA